ACAGUAGCAGAAAUUGUGCGAAAAUUGGCAAAAAACCAACAUUAGCGUGAAAAUGAAUAGUACUACCUGAAUAGUAAGGUCAUUUCCUUACUGUUACUUUAGAUAAUUAUUAGCUUAUUAUGUAAGAAGAAUUACUCAGAGCGUCAGCCAUGAGUAUCAGUAGCUAUUAGAUUCUUACAGGAGUUAUUAGGUUAGAACUAGGACAUCAAAGAAAAUGGGUGUUUACAGCAAGUUAUUCACAAUUUUCAGAAAGUAUCCUCUUUUAAGAGGAAUGGCAUCUUACAGUAUUAUUUGGCCAACCUCUAGUUUGAUUCAACAGACUGUAGAAGGCAAGAAUUUUGAGACAUACGACUGGAGGCGGUGCGCGCGCUACGGCCUGUACGGCUCGUGCUAUGUGGCGCCCACUCUGUACAGCUGGCUCACCAUAGCCAACGUCAUGUGGCCUGGGAGCAGCAUCCGUGCUGGGAUUAUAAAGACAUUUGUAGAAACAAUUACCUACACACCACUAGCAAUGUGCAGUUUCUACUUUUUUAUGAGCAUGAUGGAGUCCAAGCCGUUCCAUGAAUCUCUUGCAGAAGUGAAGAACAAGCUGUGGCCCACCUACAAGGUGGGUGCUUCCAUCUGGCCUGCAGUGGCCAUGAUCAACUUCUGCCUGAUCCCUCCGCGGAACCGUGUGCCCUUCAUCAGCAUGUGCAGCCUGCUGUGGACCAGCUUCCUCGCCUACAUGAAGCAUUUGGACAAAGAAAAAGUGGAUUUAGUAAAGGUUGAAGGCACCACCCACUUGUUAAAAAUAGGCCUGAAAAGUUAACCAUGACAGUCUACUGUUUUACAUAGUUCAAUUGUUAUUUAUUUAUAGUUAGCUAAAAUAAAUUAUUUAUUCCUGUUGACAUAGUUAUUAGUAAAAUAGUACAAGAUUGUAUGUUAUCUUUAUAUUAUAAUGUUAGAGUUCUAUUAUGAUCUGAGUUUAAUCCAGUGUGAUAUUGCUUUAAUUGUAAUGCAUGAUAUUUUUACAUAAUUAUUUUGACAAGUUAUGAAAUAACACAGGGACUCAAUAUUUCUACAGUAAGCAUUACCUACAUUAAAUUUAGUAGGUAAACAGUAUUUUUAUUGAAAACAAUGAUAUUGUUUUAGAAAUUAUUGUAUUAAAAUAGUAGAAUGCAAAUAAAAUUUGCAGUAAAAAUAAAGCUAAUUUAGUGAUAUUAUUAUUUACAGAUACAUACAGUAUAAUAUUAUACAGGGUAGUAAGAAAUAUGUAAGCACCUCAAUAUGCUGCAGUACUUGAAAUAAAGUAAUGAUUAUGCUCGCUCUCCUCACUUCAUUUCAAAGUAUGAUUGAAAUGACACUGAGGGAGGCAAGCUCCAUUGUAUUGUAGUCGCAAUAGGUAUGUUAAAAUGUUGUACCUACAAAUUCAUUUUUAAGACCAUUAUUGUUAUGUUUAUGAUCCUUGUUUAUUUAUUACAUCAUCAUUAAUGCUUUUUGAAGUUAUUUACAAAAUUUAUGUAAGCAAUUAAAAGUAUAAAGAGUUCA